UCGGCGCACUACUCCACGGAUGCCCAAGAGUGUUCUCCCGUAAAGUGGCCUAUCAUAUCCUCUCGUUUCUUUGUCCGAAAGGUGGGCUUGAGCGGAUACCGAAAAAGCAAGGUAGGUUUAAUAGUGCGACUUGUGCCGUGGAGUCCGACUCUCUCGCGCCUUGAAAGAGAGUGCAGUGAGUGAUGUGUAUGGAAGCGUAGGCAAUGUUGGUCUGGAUCAUUUUUUAACAUAGUGUAGUUGAUAAUCUAGGAGGAAAUAAUGUUGGAUUGCAUAUGGACCCCCUAUAGAUCGUUGUGUGAGACCUUUUUCGCCUAAGGUUGAUUUUCCGAAAGUAUUGUCCACUUCUGUGAGAAGCUAACAAGAGCUACAUUUAAGCCUUUUCUUUCGCUCAAUGCUCGUUUUCGAGUGAGGGCUACUGUGUCAAUUCUGGUAAAGAUGACAGGCGAAACACCAUCUGACUCGCGUGCCUUGCACGACGAAGAUCGAUCAGGCACCGUAAUGUCCAAGGAGGGCGCGGACGACUUCAAACUGGGGACACGUGGACUUCUGGUGUUUUUGGCGCUGUCGGUGCUGUCACUGAUGGCUGCUCUUGAUGGAACAUCUGUGUCUGUUGCCCUUCCGAUCAUGUCGGAAGACCUGCAUGGAACGGCUAUUGAAUCCUUCUGGACUGGAACAUCAUUCCUCUUGACAUCUACAGUGUUUGAGCCAAGCUUUGCCAAUUUAUCAAAUGUGUUUGGCCGACGCCCAGUCAUUCUUUUUUCCAUUCUACUAUUCUUCGUCGGGGCUUUAGUGUCGGGUAUCGCCAAAAACUUUACAUAUAUGCUCGUCGGACGGUCAAUUCAGGGUGUCGGGGGUGGUGGAAUCAUCGCGCUCACUGAAGUCAUUGUGACCGAUGUAGUGCCUUUGAGACAACGAGGCCAGUAUCUGGGCAUUCUUAGCGCGAUGUGGAGUAUUGGAUCUGUGACUGGUCCUAUCCUUGGAGGUGGAUUUGCGGAGGAUGUCACCUGGAGAUGGGUUUUCUACAUUAACUUUCCCUUUAUUGGAGUCGGAGUGGUAUUCGUCGCUAUGUUCCUGAACCUGAGCCCGAUCCCAGGUUCAGUAGUGGAGAAGCUCCGCUCCAUAGACUGGCUCGGAGCAGUGAUCUUCAUCGGAAGCAUGACAUCUUUCCUCAUUCCAUUAACUUGGGGCGGGGUGCUGUACGCAUGGGAUUCAUGGCGUACUCUUGUACCCAUUAUCGUAGGCCCCUGUGGCCUGGUCGCAUUCGCAUUUUACGAAUACUACGUCGCCGAGUACCCUAUGAUCCCACCAAGUAUCUUCAAUAACAGGACAGCAACAGUGACUUACAUCGGAAGUGUUGUCCAGGGACUAGUUCUGUGGUGUGUCUUGUACUAUCUUCCAUUAUACUUCGAGGCUGUAAAGCAGUACUCUCCAAUCAUUGCUGGUGUAGCGCUCUUUCCUCAGACCUUCACUGUCGCCCCCAGCGCUAUUAUUGUGGGAUUUGCAAUUACUAAAACAAGCAGCUAUCGGUGGGCUGUCUGGUCCGGAUGGGUGCUUUCAACCCUUGGAAUGGGGCUGAUGUGCUAUAUUAAAUCGGAUAGCAGCAUCCCCCAAUGGCUUUUCAUCAACCUGGUCAGCGGCCUGGGGCUGGGCGUCCUUUUCCCAGCCCUAACAUUCGCCGUGCAGGCUGCAACACCCAGUGAGAACCUGUCAAUGGCCGUGGCCAUGUUUAGUUUCUUCCGUGCACUGGGCCAAUGUAUUGGCGUUGCUGUUGGGGGUGUGGUUUUUCAGAACCAAAUGAAAAAGAACCUCUUGAAAUACCCCAGUCUGGCGCCAAUGGCUGACACGUAUAGUCAGGAUGCAGCGGGUCUUGUCAGAGCAAUUGCGGGUAUGGCAGAUGAGAGUGAGAAGAAUAAUUUGAAAGAUGCGUAUACAGAUAGUCUGCGGGUCGUGUAUGCUGUCUGUUGUGCCAUAUGUGGGAUCGCGCUCUUCACAAGUCUAUUGACGAAGAGCUAUGACCUAGAUCAGGUUUUGAACUCGGCGCAAGGACUGCAGACGGAGAGAACGGCGGCGGAUGAGGAGGAAAGUAAGGAGAAAGGAAAAUAGGCCUCUGCUAUAGCUAAG